GAAAAAAAAUAAGAAAAGAAAAACAAACUUUGUUUUGUUUGCUGGAGUUCAAAUUAUAUCAAAUUAUCGAUUAAUCACCGGCAUAAAACCCUAUUUCCCUUCUUCUUGAGCUGUGCCAAAAUGAGAGGUUCGAAGCGUUUGGCUGUUUCGGAACCGAACCACACCGAUACAAACGAAACGGUGUUUCGGAACAAAAGAAUAAUGGAAGGAUCUCUUUUUGACGUUCAUAGAGCUGAACCAUCCCAGGAAACAAUGGCAGUGCCAUCAUUAGAUAUGCAGCGGGCAGAGUCAUCCCAGAAGCAUGUGAGAGCCUUAAACACCCAGUUUGCAAGCUGGGUUCAAACACAAUUACAGAAUCACCCUGAUGAGCUUUGGGAAGAUGGUGUCAGAGAUUACUUAGAACAUGCUGCAGGCAUUAUGGAAAAGUUUAGUGAUGUUGUAAACUGGAUCAAAGCAAAUGCCACCAAGGGGGAAAAUUUGCCUGAUGUUGGUGCUUCUUUUGCCGGGAAAAAAUUAUCUCCAGAUGUGACUAAUAAAGAAAAUAAAACUUCUGGAGAAAAAACUGGGUCUACUACAGCUAGUCCUGCUUCAAAUUUUGCUAGUCCUGCUAUGAGUUUUGGCAGUCCUGCUAUGAAUUUUGGCAGUCCUGCUACAAAUUUUGCUAGUCCUGCUACAAAUUUUGCUAGUCCUGUUACAAAUUUUGCUACUCCUCUGCCAAACUUUGCUUCUUCUGCUGCGAACGCUGCUUCUUCUGCUGCAAACUUUGCCACUCCUGCUACUUCAUGGGGUGCUGGAUUAUUCUCAAACAGUCAAAAACCUUUUACAUUUGGUACUCAAAAUUCGGCUCCCUCUAAUAAUGAUGCUUCAGAUGAUGUAGAUGGUGAAAAUGACUUGGAGCAGCCCAGCAGUCCAUCAGUGAAGAAGUCAGAAGAGAAAGGUAUCAUAGUUGUGCAUGAAGUGAAGUGCAAACUAUUUGUAAAGUCAAGUGAUACAGAUGUUAAGAAUGUAUGGAAAGAUAAAGGAAUGGGUCAACUAUGUAUUAAAUGCAAAGAAGGUGUCAGCAAGGCUACCAAGGAGUCCAAACCAACAAUCAUUGUUCGAAAUGAGGUAGGGAAAAUUCUUCUCAAUGCCUUGUUGUAUCCAGGAAUAAAGACGCAUCUACAGAAGAAUACUCUUGUUGCUAUAUUCCACACGUCGGAUAUUGCUGAUGGAAGUGGUGGAAAUAAUGAUAGCGUUGUUGCACGCACCUUCUUGAUAAAAGUGAAAACAGAAGAAGAUAGAAAUAAAUUGGCAUCAAUAAUCCAAGAAUAUGCUCCAGUAUCUUGAUAGUACGCGAGAUGUAAUUAUUGUGCCAGGUUGAGUCAUUACAUGUAAUCCGUGACCAGAUCCACCUUCAAUUUUCCCUUCGGAAAAAUCUCAAGUUUAUUAAAGGUGUCAUAUGUUGGAUUCUGUUUUAACAAACCUUGUGUUUUAGAGGCUGCUGCUUAUGUACCAUAAAGAGAAUGUUAGAUGAUCAUGGUCGGUAUCAGUACUUUAGAUUGAAGCCAUUGUCAAUUAAAGUUAGUGCCCUUAUUGCCCCCGUGUUCUAAUUCUAGUUUGGGGAGGAUGGAAGUCAAUUAUCACACACUUUUCUUUUUCUUCAUCUUGUUUUUUUUUUU